AUGUCUAUUCUCAGCUUCGAGGAUCUCUUCGGGUCAUGUACCCUGGAGGUGAUAGCUCCAGACACCUCCAUAAAGUUUCCCGAGCCAGGAGCUGCUGAUGACUGGUUAGUCGCGCUUAAAUCAUCUGGUAUUGAAAGAAGACAAGCGUUCUUCGAUGAGCAACUACACCUUCUCUUGAUUGCACAAAUACCCUGUCCAUCUGUGGACGUUGAUCCCGAGUAUCCACCUACAUUCCUUCUCGAUUUUCUUGCCCAUGUGCAGGUUUCGCUUGAAGCCACUUAUAUCUCGCAAACACCUACAACUCUCCCUGAAACUCCCCAGACUGCCCGAGUCCUUGCUCCACCACGCACAUCGUCUGUAGCUAAGCCUCGGCCUACAUCACUUCAUCCUUCCUUAUUUCCUCCCCAUACACCAAAUCCUACACCAUCUUCUACGGAGAGGGAUCGCAAGUACGCACAAUCCGAAGGAACUCUUCUUCUUGCCAGUAUAUGGGGUCACAGGCCCGCGAGUUUAUCUAAAGAGAAGUUUUCUCUUUUGUAUUCAGAGACAAAGAAGGCUUGGUUGGCUGUAUACGAACUCUCCUUGACCGUGUCAUUUCUUCGCCUUUCAUUCUCGGAUCCUCUUCUGUCCUUGACCGUAUCAACUACAUUGCGAGAGAAGGCGGUUUCACUGUCACAAGCAAACCAUCCAUUUGUCAUAUUUCUGUCGGAAAGCGACAUUCUUGCUAAGCUUUCUGCUUCUGGCAUAAGUUCAUUCUCGAAGCAGCAGAACCAGGAGACAGAUAAUGUCGGAGAGGAUGAUCAGACCGGGCUUGAGGAAGUCAAUUUACUAGAAGGUCUUUUGACUGGAUCCAACGUUACUCCCGGCUCGGAACCACUCUGGCUUCCAUCCACUCGCUUGGGGAAUGCCAUGCGUCGAGAGCUAUUCUCUCUCUUACCUGUGCAACCUUCAUCUGCCCAACCACUUGCGUCAAGCCCUAAGCGUCCACCUAAUGCCACUUUACGGAAAUCAUUUCGCAAAAUUCUGCAGACAGUCUCUGGCUUCCGGGUGCGGAUGCGAACCGUUUUUGUUCCCCACAUCCUCUUUCCGGAAAUGAAUUCAAGGACGGGCUUCAAUGACGAUGAUAGCGAUGCGCAGGAACGAGAGGCAGGGAAUAACGAACGUACUGUCGUUCUCUGUGUUGAAGUCGAGAAUUCUGGAGAAUCGGGCUUAGGUGUUGGUUUCUCAGUGGAAAAGGUAGAUGUGAAAAUCGGUGGCGAGGGUGCAUCUGUCAAACUGAUUGGUUGGGGAGAGGGUGCUUUUGAGGCUGAAGUGGAGACGCACACCUUCCCACUUCUGAUCGGAUCUAUGGAACAGUACAAUUUGUUAUACGCCGUUUCAUUCCUCAAGCCUUUAGCAGACUCAGAUCUCUCGCUGGUCGGUCGGCGGUCUGGUACCGUCUCUGCAAACUCAGAUCUUCAGCGGGCGGUAGCAAUCAAUAUCUAUGGCAAACCCUACUUGUCGAAGGCAGGUGGUGAGCAUGACUCUGAGGACGGUGAUGGUCCUACCCUGACCUACCCAACACAUACAUUUUCCUCUCGGUGGAACUGUAUCCUGGAUCUUUCUUCAAAACCACCGGAAGAACCUCUGGACUUCUCAGAUCCUUCUAGUGGUGCUCGUAGUGUGUUACCAGAGCCUGCGUCUCCCUUCCCGGGGCAAGCCGCUUUGGCAUCUGCGAUCCCGAAAGCGCAAUCUGUUAUUGGGAACAAACGACAUACCCUUCCCAACAAUAUCACAGCUAUACGGGCUAUUAACCCGAAUGCUAACUUCCGCCCGAUGCCAUAUCGUGACCAAUCUUCCGCCUCACCAAUCCUCUCUAACAAACAAUACACUCCUCCCUCUGUCACUGUACAAAGUUUCUCAAAGUCUCCUUCCACUACAUUCGGCAUUCCACCUCCGACCAUUCCCCUGUUAGGCGUUACUACACCCAAUGGCGGCCCACAUGGCCCAUCAGAGUCUCAAACGUUCGUGACGCCGCCAACUCCUGCGUACCCUGCAUUCCCUCCGGCUACUGCUCCAGCAACAUCUCACUUCCAAACGCCACUGAGUAACCAUCAAGGAGCCUCUGGGCCGAGUGUCGAAAUCCGCAGGGAGCGUGGUCUCGGAAUGACGGCAGCCAUACCCCAAACCCCUGGACCAACCGUCGGCGGCGGCGCAUUCGAUCCCGCUCGAGAUACCCCAGCUACUGGUGGAGAGCCCAUCAUCGUCUCCGUUGGCUUGCUCCCACCUCCUACAGGUUCCGCCGCAUCCAUGAAAUUAUAUCCGUGCGAUCAGUUCACGCUUGACAUCUUCGUGUUCAAUCAGAGCUCAUGGACCAGAAGGUUCGAAAUCAGCUGUCCGGAUCCAGACCGUAGACGUAGACGGAAGAUCGAGCAGGAGAAAGCCUCGCGGGGUGGCAAGACGACUAUCAAGGAGUUACAGAGUGUGAUGACGCCUCCUGGGAUACUCCCAUUGCAAAACCGCGUGCGAGUCGGGCCGCUGCGUCCAUCUACCUGCCAGUCAGUCAGAAUGGACUUCCUUGCAAUGACUCCCGGUGUACAUUCUCUUGAGAUUCUUAGUCUCACGGAUAUUGAGACGGGUUUCUCUAUGGAUCUGAGGUGA